AAUGAAUAAUAAAUUGAAUGAUAACUUAGUCAAUUUAGCAUGGAAAAGCAUCAAAAUUGUGAAGAAUUGGUCCAUACAUGACAAUGUAAAACCAAACACACACAUUUGACACAUUAGUCAUUAGACAUUACUCACAUUACACAUAACACCGAGUAAUAAUCAUCUGUAAACCCUCCAAAUAAAUAAAUAAAAAUAAAUAAAUAAACAAACCAAAAAUCCAAAUAAGAAGACGAAAAAAUUAAAAAAAAAAUACACACAAAAACAAACGAAACACCACCAUUUCCAAACUCUCCCCUUAUUUUCUCUCUCCUCUUUUUCUCUCUCUACAAUGGAAUUUCUGCUCUUCGCCGGGAUCCGCGUUUCUCGAUCACUUCAAACUGCCAUUUUCACCGCCGUUUCUCCUCCUUCUUUCUCCGUCUAACCGCCGUCUCGAUCUCUCUUUCUCUUCCCCUUUUUCUAGAUUUUUUAUGUGCAUUGUUGAGCGAUUUAGAGAUUAGGGUGUUUGUGAUUUUGAGUUGAUUGAUUCGAUUUUGAUUUGGGGGUGAAAAUUGGGGAAAACCCAAAACGAUGUCGUCGAGAGGCGACCAUCAAACGGUUCCUUUAUCGGUGUUGUUAAGGAGGGAGCAGAAUAGUGAGAGAAUCGAGAAUCCAGAACUUUCUUAUGGUCAAGCUAAUCAAAUUAAGAAAGGCGAAGAUUUUACCCUUUUGAAGACUGAAUGCCAGCGUAUUGUUGGUGAUGGUGUUACCACUUUCUCCGUUUUCGGGCUGUUUGAUGGACAUAAUGGAUCUGCUGCUGCUAUCUAUGCCAAAGAACAUCUUUUGAGUAAUGUUUUAAGCGCGAUGCCAACGGAUCUUAAUCGAGACGAUUGGGUUGCAGCGUUGCCCAGGGCUUUGGUUGCUGGAUUUGUCAAAACGGAUAAAGAUUUUUUGGAGAAAGGACAAGCGUCGGGAACUACUGUUACCUUUGCGAUUAUUGAAGGAUGGUCUAUAACUGUAGCAUCAGUAGGGGACUCACGUUGCAUACUUGAAUCUGCUGAGGGUGAGAUAAUUUGUUUAUCUGCUGAUCACAGGCUUGAGAGCAAUGAAGAAGAGAGAGAUCGUGUUACAGCCUGUGGAGGUGAAGUUGGUCGGCUUAAUACUGGUGGUGGAACAGAGAUUGGUCCGUUGAGAUGUUGGCCUGGUGGCCUUUGUCUAUCUCGCUCCCUUGGAGAUAGGGAUGUUGGCGAGUUUAUAGUUCCAGUCCCUUAUGUGAAACAAGUGAGGCUGUCAACUGCUGGUGGUAGGCUUAUUAUCGCUAGUGAUGGUGUGUGGGAUAUUAUAAGUUUUGAAGCAGCACUUGAUUGUAGUCGAACAAUGGCAGCAGAGACAGCAGCUGUCCAAAUUGUCAAGGAAGCAGUGCAGGUGAAAGGUAUCAGGGAUGAUACAACCUGUAUAGUGGUUGACAUUUUCCCACCAGAGAAGAAUCUCCCUUCUCCUGCACCAAAAAAACCAGGAAAAGGAGUUUUUAAGGCCAUCUUCCGAAAGAAGUCAGCUGAGUCAACAUCUCAAGCGGAACGAGAGUACUUGGAACCAGAUGUGGUUGAGGAGAUGUUUGAAGAUGGAUCUGCAUGUCUUACAGAAAGGCUUGAUACCAAAUAUCCACUUUGCAAUAUGUUCAAGUUGUUCAUGUGUGCAAUUUGUCAAGCCGAGAUUAAACCCGGAGAUGGUAUUUCAAUACAUGCCGGCUCUUCCAAUCGGAAAACUCGCCCCUGGGAUGGCCCUUUCUUGUGCCAAAGUUGCCAAGAAAAGAGAGAAGCAAUGGAAGGGAAAAGACCGUCUGGAAAUAGAUAUAACAGUGAUAGUGAUUAGCUGGCAGUAAUUUCGGUAUGUGGUUGGCAAAGUCCGAUUGGUUAUGCCAGUGAUGGAAGAAUUGAAAAUUGGAGGUUUGUCCCGUUGCUUGAAUUUAUUUCUUCGACUCACAAAGGAGUUGAAGCAUAUAUCUAGGUUCGUUUGGCGUUGCUGAGUGUACCUCUUCCCUCCUUAAUCCUUAUAUGUUAUUUCAAGUCAGAAUCUCAUAUUUAGAAGUGGCUAACCUAAUUUAGCAUCUUCCCCUCACUGGUGAGUGUUUAAUUAUCUCGAUUACGUGAGCCUCCGUUGGAAGUUUAGUGGAAGGUCGAUAAACCUAUUUACUUGCUGCUUGCUGUUCUCUCCGUAGCUCAGCUGAAGGGAGUAUUCAGGUUUCGUUCUGCUUCUCUGGUCAAUUCAGCUGUAUACUACAUCCAUACAUAGAAUUCCCACUGUAUACUAUUUCCGAAAGGGGCAUUCGGGUUUGUAUUAUCUAUACGGACGUACACAUAGGAUUCUUUAUAGCGCAAAAUUAAUUAUUUGAGUUAACUCAACCAAUUUGUUGAAAUAUAGAAGCUUCUUUCCUUAAGAUUCUUAAGCAACUAGGAAAGUGGUGAAUUUUUAAAUAGAAAUCUCAUGGUUUUAUGAUAUUCUUUCUGUUCAACUGAUCUUGUUUGUAUCGUAUUUCUGAAAGUUAAUCAUUUGUGGUUAAUAUAAUCAAUUGGGUUAUGCAA